UAGCUUGGUAGGUCGAUGUAACUAUACGAUGAGGACGAUAAUCACCAAAAUUAGGCGUGUGCCCAUUGCGGCUUUAAGCUAAUUAGCCUUGCUCGCAAAGUCACACAAUUUAAAAACAUAGAAAUUGUCGAAAGAAAAGAAAACACGAAUAACACAUUGAAAAAGUCGUUGAGGGAAAGAAAAAGAUAAAUCCAAAUUUCUAAAACCCAACAAGCAAAACCCUUUUGGCUUUUGGCAGCUGCUGAAUCUUCCUUCGGUUUUUCUUUUUGCAAGCGCAGAAGCUCGGAUCUAUGGACUCCUCAAAGCCUUCUGUCCGUCUUUCUGCAGCACAAGGGACUCCGGUAUCCACCCAAUCCAGCAACCCGCCGCCGCACAAGCUUGCUCUUUCCCGCACCUCUUCACUCUCAGGUUCUCUCUCUAUCCGAGCUCCUCCUACCCCUGAUUCCGAUUCCGAUUCCGAUUCUCAGUUCCAAGAAUUGGGUUAUAGCUCUAGUGGUAAUAUUAGUAGCAGUGAAUCUGAUUCCGAGGCCUUCGUGACUGGGGAGGAGUUCGAAACGGCGUCGGAGAGGCCGCUGUUGGCCGACCCAGAUGAGGAAUUUCUCGGUCCUGUCGAAAGAUACGAGCUUUCCUGGCCUUUUGUGGCUGACCCGGAUGAUGGGUUCGAGCCUGUUGUUGAGAAAGUUAUGGUGGGUGACUCUGGGAGGGUUAUGCCCGUUGCUCAGUUGUCAUGGGAGAGUGAUGAUGAUGGUGUGGUGGGUAGUGAUGGGGUUUUGAGUGAAGUGGAAGACGGGGAGUUUUCGGUUCGGGUUAAGGUUCCGGGUAAUGGGGUUGUGGAGAAGCUUAGUGUUGCGCCGAGGGUCAAGGUUUUCGAGAUUGAAGAAGGAGAAGAAGAAGAUGAAUUAGUGAAGUCGAAAGAGUCUUUGGUGGUUGAACAAGCUGAACCUGUUGCAAAGGUAAAGGGUUUUAAAGCUGAUGAGGGUUUGGAUUUGAAUAAUUUUUUCGAAGCCAAAAAUGGGAUUGAAAAUAAUGGUGUUGCUGCUGCUGAGAUUGAAGAUAACGGUCGAAAUUCUGCGGAAUUGAGCGUUAGUGUAUUGGAAAAAGGGGAGAAAGGCAAUUAUAUGGCAGAAGAAUGCUUUGUGCAUUGCCCGAAUAGCGAGAGGAGUAAUGGUGUUGAUUUGGGUGUUGAGGGGAAUGAAAAUCAGAAUGUGGACUUGACAACCAAUUUGCGCCCGAAUCUAGUUCCCGAGAGUUUGUAUUUGGAAAAUUGUAAUUUAUCUGAACUUACUAAGGAUGAUGAAUUUGAAAAUGCACUGUGUAGUGAUAUACUUAAAUCAAUCACACUGAGUUCGCUAUCUGUACCUCUCUUAUGUGACAAUGGGGCGGAAAAUGUUGGUGCUGUGCAAUUUCAAGGUGAUACAGCAGCAUAUGGAGCCAAAGUGGAAGUGCUUUUCAAGGAGAAGGAAUUCCCUAUACAGAAAGAACAAAUCAGUUUCGGUCUGUUUGGAGAGAAGAUUAUUAUCACACCUAGAGUUUCAGUUCUUGAAGGAGAAGAAUCGGGGCCGGUGCUGUCGAAAGAGUCCUCGGUCAUUGAACGGUCUAUUCAAGCGCAAAGGAUUGAAGAUAAUGGUCUUCCUGCUGCUGAGAUCAACAAGGGACUUGAAAGAGGACCAGAGAAAGGCAAGUAUGCGGCAGAUGAAUCAGUUGUGCAUUGCCCUAAUGGCAAAAGGAGUGGUGUUGAUUCUAGUGGAAGUUCUGAGGCACCCGAAAGAGGAAAGCAUUCAAGAACUGAUUUUGGUGUUGAGGGGAAUAAAGAUCAAAUUGGAGACUCAACGACAUAUUCAGAGCCAAAUCCAGUUCAGGAGAUUGUAUGUUUGGGUAAUGGCGAUUUGUCUGAAGCUACGAAGUGUGAUAGAUUUGAAUAUGCACUGUGUAGGGAUUUCCUUAAAUUGAUCACGCCAAGUUCCUCCGCGACAUGCAAUCACAUCUUUAGGGAUGAGACCAAAGUCGAAAGUUUCAGCAUAAACGGAACAGCAGCUGAGGUAACUGUAACUCUUUCAGAUGAAAAUAUGGUCACCGGACUCAAGUUUGAGGACCAGUUGGCUAUUGGGGAGCGAUUGGUUUUGGCCGGAAGUGCUGGAGCUUUGCAAUUUGAAGGUGAUACAGCACAUGGAGCCAAAUUGGAGGUGCGUCUCAACGACAAGGAUUUCCCUAGAAGGCAGGACCCAACCAGCUUGGGUUUGUCUCUGAUGAAGUGGGGAGGUGGUCUUGUUCUAACAGCCGACAUACUGUCUCUGUUCUCUGUCCGGAAUUCUCAAAUGGCUGUUCAUGUUGUACUGGACAGCAAGCAAAGGGGCAAAUUUGCUAUAAAGACGGGCAGUUCAAACCAACUCCAAGUUGCAAUUGUUGGGAUUCUUUCAGUUGCGGCUUCAAUCUUUGGGAUUUUUCGCCCGAGAUUCGGUGUUCAAAACUCAAGAUAAUAGGUGUAGUUUUCCUUUUGCUGUUGGUUGUACUUGUCACUAAAUUUCAAUGUCCAGCACUCUUAUGUUUAUGAAACCAAAACUACGUAUUGAAGUUGUUGUACAUCAUGUCUGAGUUCAGUCA